UAAAGCAGCGAAGAAGAACGAGGUCCAAACCCAAACAAGCUGACCUGUGGAGGAGUGUCCAAGAAGAAACUUACAAUCAGUGCCAGAUACCUUUAUCACCUCAUUCUGAUACAUUUACCCAUGCACCAGUGUUCGUAAUGCCUUUCCGUUUCUGCCCCCAGUGUGGGUCAAAGCUGCAGCCUGAGUUCAAAUUUUGCCCUUCAUGUGGAGAGAAGCUUCCCUGCCCUGAUGAAUGUGGACUCGCAUCUCUAAGUCUCUCUCCCCAUAGAAACAAUGAAGCAUCAGCAUCAAUAGUGGGAACAAGCACAGUGUGUGAGCUGAUGGAAAAUGAGGUCAGUGCAUCUCUUACCUCAAGUGCUGUUUGUAGUCGUCCUCCACUGCGAAAGACCCGUAACUCCCUUCGUCUGGACAGAGAAGUUAAAUUUAACAUUAAAGAUGCCACUCCACCUGCAGCACCCUCCACUAAGGUCAUCCAUGAGAAAACUGAAGUCUUUGGAACUAAAAGGCUUCAUUUUGCACCAGCAGAUAACAGUUUAGUGAUCCAAGCAUCUCCACCAAAGCAGCACAUAGUCACUUUCAAAGAGGUGGAAACAACUGCAGAGUCUUCAUCCGCUCCUUCAGCAAAAUCUCCUCGAUCCAUUAGGGGAAAAGCAAAAGUCCCGAGAUUUGUGGGAGAAGAAAAGAAGCUGACUGAUGAAACAUGUAAAAAGACGGCAGUCGACAGCUCAUCAGGGCCAGUGUUUUCAUCUGUUUCUUCACCAAAAACUGUGUCUCCUCUGAAAGGGAAAAGCAAAGCUAAGAAGGCAAAGCAUAUGCCUGCUGUAGAGCCGCUGCAGGAAGGUGAGGAGGUGACUGACACAACCGGCAAAAAGUGGAAAUUGAUGAAGCUGCUCAGUCAGAACAUGACAGAACUAAUUUACGAAGUUUUACAAAUAGCAUCACGGCCUAACUCCAAAGACCCAAAUCAUAUCCUUAAACUGGGGGCAAAAGAUGGAAGAAUCUUCACUGAGCAGAACUUUCUACAAAGAGCUGCUAAACCUACAUCUGUGGAAAAGUGGAUCAAACAGAACAAGAUGGAUUUCAUAGGGAUUCCUCCAUGCAUUGGCUUUGGACUACAUGCUGAUUCUUACAGGUUUUUGAUUUUCCCAAACAUGGGACAGUCUCUCCAGUCUUUCAUGGAUGAAAAAAGGGAACUGUUGUCUGAGAAAACUGUUCUUCAGCUUGCCUGUAGGAUACUAGACGUGCUGGAGUACAUCCAUUCAAAUGAGUACGUCCAUGCUGAUAUUAAUGCAGAAAACAUCUACAUCAAACCAGGACAAACACAGGUGUAUCUUGGUGGAUACUGCCACGCCUUCAGGUACUGUCCAGGAGGUCAGCAUGUAGAGUACCGGGAAGCAAGUAGGACAUCGCAUGAAGGAACCUUGGAGUUCAUCAGUUUGGACUCACAUAAAGGAGCAGCUCCAUCUCGGCGCAGUGACCUGCAGUCUUUGGGUUACUGUAUGCUGCGUUGGCACACAGGGACGCUGCCAUGGUCCACCCUCACUCAGCCUGAGCAGGUAGCCAACUCCAAGCAGAGGUUCAUCGAGGAUGUUGCUGGGCUUGUGAGUCACUGCUUCUGGAAGAAAAAAGUCUCAAGUGCAUUUCAACCCUUCCUGGUGGCGGUAAUGGCUCUGCAGUAUUCUGAGCAGCCCGACUACACAGCGCUGAAGGCUGGGCUCAGUGCAGCGCUGGUGCAGCUCGGCGGCUCAAUGGAGCAGCCACUCAGCAUUUAGAAACCUGGAACAGAUGAGACCACAUAGUGCUUCUAUUUCAACAUGCUUAUUUUCAUUGUUUUAUCUUGUCAUAUGAUGUGAUGAUUAUUUGCACUGAAAACAAAGUGAUGUCAGGUUCUGUUUUUUCAAUUUCAGGGUUUAACUUAAUGUCAUCUUUGUGUUCAACUUACCAUGUGUAAAUUUACUGCACUUAUGUUCCUGGUGGUACAUGGGAAUGUGAAUGGGAGACAGACACAGCUUGAUGCAACAUCACACUUUGGAUGCACAAACUGAACGUGUUUCCAGUUUAACAUUUUUAACAGAUUUUUCAGAUGUUUUGUGUGUAUUGCGUUGUUUUGAAUGAAUAAACCACACUUUUUGUGAAUGUCAGGA